AUGCGUAUUUUCGUCACCGGAGCAGCUGGCUUUAUUGGUCGUGCCGUCACUCAAGAACUCAUCCAACAUGGCCAUACAGUCAUCGGAUUGGCACGUAACGAGAAAAAUGCGGAGAUACUCCGCGGUCUCGGCGCGGAAGUCCAUCAGGGAGAUCUAGAAGAUAUUGAGAGUCUUCGAAGCGGCGCAAAGGCUGCUGAUGCCGUCAUCCAUCUGGGGUUUAUCCACGACUUUACGAAAUUCGCUCACAGUCUUGCCGUCGACCGAGCAAGCAUUCAGACCAUGAGCGAGGAACUUGUCGGCAAGCCCUUGAUCAUCGUCGGUGGCACAAUGGGUCUCCCGUCAGGUGUGCUGUCGACUGAGGACACCGAGCCUGAAAUUGACGACUAUCUUGGUGCACGAAAUCAUUCUUCGGCUCUACUUUUCAAAUUGUCAAAGGAGACUGGCGUUCUUGGUGCUGUCGUUCGACUCGCUCCAACUGUGCACGGCAAAGAAGACCAGGGAUUCAUGACCAUGAUGGGAGGUCUUUCAAAGCAAGCUGGAGGCAGCUACUAUGUCGACGAUGGUUCCAACCAGUGGCCCGCUAUUCACCGACUAGAUGCAGCGGUUCUAUUGCGUCUUGCAGUUGAGAAAGCUGCCCCCGGCGGUGUCACCUACAUUGCUGCUGCUGAGAACGUGCCAUCAAAGGACUUCAUGACCGCGAUUGGCAAGAAAUUAAACAUCCCGGCUGAAGGCAAGUCACAGGCAGAAGUGGAUCAAGCCCUGGGCUUUUUUGGCCAUCUUCUCGGCCGCGACAACCCUGUUUCAAAUGAGAAGACACGAAAGGAACUUGGAUGGGCUCCAACUCAAAUUGGAUUAGUUGCUGACCUCGAACAAAACUACUUCUUAUAA